ACUUUAUGAAUCAGUUCGUGUUGUGAAUUGAAUCGGAACACAUCGGUGCGCGAAGCCAUCGAGUAGUGGGCACGCCACGCCACCGAGACUGAAUCUGAGUGGUUGUUUGUAUUGUGCACGGUGGAACACAAGAAAGCCAUUGGCGAGUUUUAAUUGUUUCUCUCCACCGCCACCAUACCCUGCGGUCGGCGCACCGAGGGUCUUUGCUCGCAAAUUCACGCGUUUUUCCGUUGCUAGCGUAGCUCAAUGAUCUUUUUUUUUGCUAGUGUGCAGUAGGUAUUUGUGAGAUUCGUGUGCAUCGUGGCAUUUAGCGUGCUAGACAUGCUAAACAUCCGACUGGCAUAAAGCACUUUUACUUUCAGUCCGUUAUACAAGGUGUGUUCUUUCGAGGAAGAGUAAAAGUGAAUUUCGUAUCCCUAGUAGUUUGUGCAAGUUGCGUUAUCAAGUGUGUUUUUUGAUAUCAGGUACAAGAUAUCUCGACCGUGCCUACAUCCAGAUAGUCUGGAAACAAGGGUCAACAAUGGACCUCAAAUGUUGGAUUGGAUUGGCAAUUUUGCUUGCGGUCUCUGUCAACGACAAUGGCCAAACAGUAGCUAGUACAGUGAUUGACCACGAUCGCGUUGUGGUGUGCUACAUAUCGACGUGGGCCGUCUACCGGAAGGGUUCGGCAUCGUACAGCUUAGACCACUUUGAUCCGAGGCUAUGCACGCAUGCCAUCUAUGCAUUCGCCGGUCUGGAUGUUGACAACAAUGCCAUGCGAUCGCUCGACCCUUGGCAAGAUUUAAAGGAAAACUACGGCAAGGGUGGCUACGAGAAACUUGUUGGUAUGCGUGCCACUAAUCACCAUCUGAAGGUGCUGAUCGCCAUCGGCGGUUGGAACGAGGGCUCGGAACGUUACUCCGAAUUAGCGGCCAACCCUGAACGACGUCAGGCGUUCGUCAAGAAUGCGCUGGAAUUUGUCAAGCGAUACAACUUUGAUGGUUUGGAUCUGGACUGGGAAUACCCAACUCAACGGGGCGGUAAGCCGUACGAUAGAGAAAACUUCGUUGCUCUGGUCAAGGAACUGAGCCAGCAAUUUAAAAAGAGCAAUCUACUCUUGACGUCGGCGAUUGGAGCUGGCAAGGACACGAUUGAUGCUGCGUAUGACAUCAAAACUUUGUCCAAAUAUUUAGAUUUUCUUCAUAUAAUGUGUUACGAUUACAACGGCAGCUGGAAUAGGAAGAUCGGUCCGAACGCGCCGCUGCAAAGUCGUGAUGUGCUGAAUGUCGAGUAUACGAUCGAACACCUGAUGGCACUGGGGGCUCCAUCUAGCAAGAUUAUUAUGGGACUACCGUUCUACGGAAGGACCUUCGUAGCCCCAUCAAAACGUGCCAAAAUUGGCGACGAAUCGGACGACAAAGGGUUUGCUGGGCCAUCCACCAAUGAGAACGGUUUUAUGGGUUACAAUGAGGUGUGUGAAACCCUAAAAGACAAUCCUGAUAGUUGGAGUGUUUCAUGGGAUUCAACAGCUUCGGAGGCAGUUGCUACCAUGCUGGAUGGCAACAUGACCAAAGUGGUUAUUUACGAUAGCACUCGAUCGAUGGCGAAUAAAGUCCGGUUCGCGAUUCGUCAAAAUCUGGGGGGCUUGAUGAUUUGGUCCGUCGAUACGGAUGAUUUCAAUGGAGUGUGCGAACCAGAAAAGGAUACUUUCGCCGACUUCGGGGAUCGCGAAAAAAUUAAGCUGAACAUUCCACCUCCAGUGCCAGAUAAGUAUAAGUUACUGAGAACGGUCAACGAUGCUAUCCUGGUGGCAAUCGAUGAAUUAAACCAGGAGAAUGAAAUCUCCGAUCUACCUGACGAUGUUGAGGGUUCUACACACAAGGUGCCUACUACCGGCGGAGCCGCGAGGAGUAUAUUUGUAAGUGAGCUCAGCUUGCUGGUGGCAUUCGUGCUGAUUAGGCUUUUCUGAAGAAGCGCGUGCGUGACGUUGUAGGGUAGCGUUUUGUAAAUAAAUUAUAUGUAAAUUAGAA